AUGAAUCAAUUGAUAACAUACAAUAAUGCAAAUGAAGGUGAUACAUCUCGACGUUACACAGGCUUUCCUCUUAAUUCAACAUUGGUUAGCUCCUAUACAGCCGAUACAAUCCGGAGUAUUAUCAAUCAUGCUAUCACUGGAAAACCGUACACUACGGCUGUUUGGAUUCGUAUUAGUAGUGUCGGCAUUCAUAUAAGCGCGCAAGAUCCUAAAAUAGCUCGAACACGUAUACCUGUUUUUAUUCCAAUAGCACUUGCUCAUGAUAUAUUUAUGCAGCCGAGUAUCAAUAAUGUUAUUUGUAUUGUCUAUGAUGAAGUUAAAUCCAAUAUGAAAGGUGUUCUUCUCUAUGUUGUAUAUCCAACAGAUACGCAUUUGUUACGCGAGGAUUUUCGCAUUGCUAAACAAGCAUCAUUUUCCAAAGGUAUCGAAAAUCAAAUUAUUGUAGAUAAAAAUCUAACGGAAAAUAAGCGAUUAUUUUCACCGACAUCUCAACAUGUAAAUGAUAUCUAUCUUAAUGAUAAGAUCAAUCGACAACAAUCACCAAGACGAAUUUUAUUUGUACGCGAUAAUGAAACAGGUGCAAAUAGAGAUUUUAUACCCACAUCAACGGUACCAGCAUUACCUCAACUUAGUUAUACACCAUUCAAAGGUAGUUAUCAUAGUAGUCGAGAGAAUAGCGCUCAUCGACGUUAUAAAAGUCCUAAGAAAACAAAAGUAGGACAUACAGCAACUAAAACACCGACUGAUGAUGGAAGUAAACAUCGACGAAAAUUUCGAUCAAGAUCACCUCAAAAACAGAUCGAAUCAGAUUCGCCCAUUACUAGUAAAAGUAAUGCAUUAACACAAGAACAACCAAAUCAACAACAACAGCAACCACCACUACCACAACCACAACCACAACCGCAACCACUACCACUACCACAACAACAAAUAGCCGCUUGGCAAGCUGUUCAGCAAAUGCCUAUAAUUCCUAUGGGGAUCUAUAAUCGUUAUGUUCCUAAAGCUAUUCAAUUACCAACAGGUGAAACACUUAAAACAGCAAUUCCAUCGUUAAAUGCCAAUGGCCUCAUUGUUGCUCAAAUUGAACCACAACAAACGGGAACUAGCAAAGAUUCACUUCGUUCUUCAUCUCGUUCUCGUUCUAUUUCACCGAAACGUAACGAUUCCCAACAACACAGUCGUGCAUUGAGCGCUAACAAUGCUGGGGCAUCAGCUCUUCUUAUUGAAUCAUCUCAUCACCAUCAUCAUCAUCAUCAUCAUCGACGUCAACCAAUGUAUGAUAUUCCGUAUUCAUCAUCAAAACCUGAUUCGAAUAUGUACAAUACAAUAUCUCAUUCAUUUCGAGCACGUUCCAAUGGUAUACCACGAGUAGGUCACAAUAUUAACAAUAAUAACAAUCCAAUUGAAGAUGAUAAUAUAACGAAACAAUUUUUAAAACAAUUAGUUGAUGAUAUGCAAGCAAUGAAAUUAGAAAUGAAUAAAAUUCGUUUAGCAUCCUCACCAAUGGGUACAACAAAGGGACGUUCGGAUUCAGCACGCGUUAAUAUAAAGGAACUACGUAACGACAUUGAUGCCAUUCGUGCACGAAUGACAAUACCAACGAAAUUUUCUAAACAAUAA